AUGGAGUUCCGAGAUGAGACAUGCACCAAGACCGCUGUUCUCGCUAUUACCAAAGACAAUGUAGACGCUCCGCCGACGCUCUUCACCACAUACGAUACGUCGGCCGGUUUUCGCGGUUGCCCUAUCUGGCAAGUGGCCCGUGCAACAUCCGCCGCUACAACAUUCUUUAAGCCCAUCCGAGUCGGUCGAGAUGAAGUGGAGUUCGUGGACGCCGGAUUUGGGUACAACAACCCAAGCGAAGUUCUCGUUGACGAGGCUCGACGGCAGUUCCCGGCGCGGCCUCGCCUGCAGGUCCUCAGCAUUGGUACUGGGCUCGGGGACGUUGUAGACAUCGGUAACUCGCGAAUGGACAUCAUUCGGGCGCUGAAAAAGAUGGCCACCAGUUCGAAGAAUGUGGCGGCAAGGAUGGAAGACCAAUACGGAGACAGUGACCAAUACUUCAGGUUCAACGUUGAUCGGGGGCUUGAGGAUGUGACCUUGUCCGACUGGGAGAAAGCGAGCAAAAUUUCUGCACAUACAAAGAACUACAUCCGAGAAAGCCGGAGAGGGAUUGAGAGAUUCGUUCGCCACUAUACUGGUUCUGUAGAGGUGCACGACGCGCCAACAGUAGCCGAACUUAUAGGAGAGAAUAAUAAUGAGUCGAGAAGUUAG